AUGGAGCCCGUCGACCUCGUUCCGUCAGGCUACAGAUUCCUUCCCACGGCGGAUGAACUCGUGGUCGACUACCUCGCCAACUGGGUCGCCGGCAAACCCCUCCCUGGCCGCGCUGUCGCCUUCGCCGACGUCUACGGCACCGAGCCGUGGAAUCUUCUCGGCAGCGAUCGGAAGGAGGGCUAUUUCUUUGCGGAGCCCCAGCCCAAGGCCAGCGGCGGCUCGCGCGUCGAUCGAACGGCCGGCACCGGUUCUUGGCUUCUGAACAGUGUUGGAAUUAAACUUGUUCAAGUAAGGCAAGAACCCGUCAAGUCCAUCGUCGACGGGCGCGAGAUCGUGGUGGGAACAAGGAGCUACCUUUCCUUCAAGGACGGCCGGCGGAAGAACUCUGGGUGGACAAUGUAUGAAUACCAUAUGUGUUCAUCCACCUUCGAGACACGAGUUCUCUGUCACGUGAAGAAGACCUCGUAUCAACCCAUCUCCGGCGGCAAGUUCAAGAAAUCGGUUGAGUCCACGUUCACGGAGGCCGCGACGGAGACGCUCACCGGCGGCAACAGUUUCGUUGGGCAGAAGAGAAAUAGAGAGGAAUCUUCUACUCUCUCAUCAGCAGCACCUAAGAAGCCAUGCCGAUGCCGGCGUGUGGUUGCACAUUCCAGCGGAGAAUUGCAGUCCGACGUCUCACCACCUCCAACCGCGGUGGUGCAACAGCCUUUAUCGGCUCCCGUCGUGACACCCCCGGAGAGUCGUUCUUCUUCCUCGGAUACGAAAUAA